AUGAGCCAAAGAUGUUACUUCCUAGGGUGCUUUGCAGCCUUCAGAGCCUUCCUGCAGUCCGAAUUCAGUGAGGAGAAUAUUGAAUUUUGGCUAGCAUGCAGAGACUACAGAAAUACCACCUCACCGGCUGACCUGUCCUGGAAAGCAACAGAGAUCUACCAGGAGUUCCUCCAUCCCCAGGCCCAGAGAGAGAUCAACGUUGACCACCACAUCCACGAGAAGAUCAACAGGUCCAUGAAGGCUCCUGGUCUGUGCUUCUUUGACGAGGCAGUGAGACAUGUGUACAAACUGAUGGAGAGGGACUUGUACCCCAGGUUCCUCAGGUCAGACUCCUACCUGGGGCUCAGACACAAAGCCAGGACCCUCUGGUAUAGGUUAGGGGUCAAGAAUUUGUGA